CACGUGAGGUUUUGAAAAGGAUCAAUCGGAUCCAACAUUUCAUUUGGAAUCGUUUCUCUGGAUUUAAAAUCAAUCGAAGUUUGUGAUUCCACCACUUAGCAAAAGUAACCUUCAUAGACCGAUCAGACUUUGCAUACCGGUAGUCAUUCAAGCUACAGUCUUUGGAAAAAUAUACUAAAUCUUCAAGCUGCUAGAAAAAGAACGCUGCUUUGAGGAGUUUAUUUUACCACAACAAACUUGAAGAUUUACACACCAGACCAGACAUAACCUCAAAAAAGAUGCCUGAAUUGGGACGCGAGCCGGAGAAGUCAAAGCCGGAAAAGGCAAAGCCGGAGAAAUCAUUGCCGGAGAAGUAAUUACCGGAGAAGUCAAAGCCGGAGAAGUCAAUGCCGGAAAAGGUCGACAACAAUAAUUGCGUACUUUGUGAGGAUACGGACAGCGCGGAUGAUAUGGUUCAGUGUGACGGUUGUAGCUUCUGGAGUCAUUAUGUUUGUGCUGGGGUCACUGAAGCCAUCGCAUCCCUACCGUGGAAGUGCGCUAAAUGUAGCAAUGAGCUACAAGUACCGAAGAUUAGGAAGCCGGUGAAGAAAACUGCUUCCAAACGAAACGGUAGUACCAAGAGUGAAGUUUGUACGGAUGCUGGGAAGUCUCAGAGUACCGGAUCUAUUCAAGAAUCGCUGUCUGCCCUCGAAAAGGAAACCGCUGCAAUCGAGCAGCAAUUGCUGGAAGAGAGGAAACUGCAUCAGAAGCGGAUGGAGUUUCAACGUACGGUCAUCGCAAAGAAACGUGAAUGGCAACAAAAGCAAUUGGAUGAAAAGCUGCUUUUGGAGAAGCAACAGUUGGAAAACGAGUUGGCCGAUCAUAAGGAAUUUCUUGUCCGUCAGAAGUCGAUGCGGGAGCAGUUUCAGCAAAUGAAAGCUGAAUUGAGCCAGGAGUAUGCCGAUGAAAGUGAAGAUGAAUCUGAUCCGGAUACUGCCUCAGGCAAAACGGAACGUUGGGUAGACGCUCACCGUGAUGUUAGGGGAGCUUUUCCCAAGAAAUUGGCCACCGGAGAAAUCUCUAUGGACACGAUUUUCUGUCAACGAGGAAAUAAACAAAACGACGAUUUGAAGAAGCACGAUUUGUUUCCCGAACAACGUCAGCAGGUCAAUUCAUCACUAUUACCUGAACAAGGACCACCUAGAAUGGCUUCGAGAAUGGUUUCUGGGAUAUAUCCGGAAGAAAACGCAGCAGAAUUUUCGCCUUACUUCCACGAACUGGAGGAACGUUUCGAUUUGACAGCAAACGAACGAAGUGUCAUAAGAAACAUCCUAGAGCGAAGAGAUCGAACUGAUCCGGAAGUCCAUCUACGAACUUUGAAUGCCAUGGGACCGACGAAAGAGCAGUUAGCUGCACGUCAGGCGGCAUCAAAACACUUGCCUGUAUUUCGAGGGGAGCCAGAAGUGUGGCCAUUCUUCAUAAGUUGUUAUGAAACUACAACCGCAGCUUGCGGUUUCACGAACACCGACAACCUGAAACGCCUUCAGGAUAGCUUGCAGGGCCUGGCAAAAGAAGCUGUUCAAAGUCGACUACUGCUACCUGAAUCCGUGCCGGAAGCGAUCGAAGAUCUACGCCAACUUUUCGGAAAUCCCGAGAAAAUUUUGAAGUCCCUCUUAGCAAAAGUUCGCAAAGCUCAAGCUCCUCGUACUGAUAGACUUGAGACAUUUCUAUACUUUGGUAUCGCGGUUAAACAACUAUGUGACCAUCUGGAGGCAGCAAAGCUGCAUGAUCACAUGAGCAAUCCUAUGCUCGUCGGAGAGCUGGUCAACAAGCUGCCGUCGGAUUAUCAGCUGUCAUGGGUCCGUUACAAAAAACGGAACGUAGGAACUCCUCUUCGAAUGUUCACGAAUUUUAUGAACGAAAUUGUUGCGGAGGUGUCUGAGGUAGCAGACUUUGAAGGCGAGCGUUCCUCAAGUAGGGUUUCCAACGACGUGGGGCGAAACAAGCAUAAGAAGAAGGAGCAUGUAAAUGCGCAUGAUGCGAAGGUGGCUGCAGCUACGCAGAGUUAUGUGGUACCUAGAACACGAAAAUCUUGUCCGAUGUGUAAGAGAACGGACCAUAAAUUGAGAUUCUGCGAUGAUUUUUCUUCGCUUCCACUUGCUGAGCGCCGAAAGUUAGUAGACAGAUUGAAACUAUGUUUAAUUUGCCUAAGCGACCACGGUAAAGUUAAAUGCACCUUCAAAGGGAAGUGUAAUGUUGCUAAUUGUAAAGCGAGCCAUCAUUCACUUCUGCAUUGCAUAGAAGAAACAGUGCACCAUGCCGUAGCCGAAUGCAACGUCCAUUUCAAAGUAUCUCGCACGGUUAUUUUCGCAUGAUUCCGAUAACGCUUUACUACGGAGAAAGGUCAAUACACACUUUAGCGUUUCUUGAUGAGGGAGCGUCCACU